CUAGAGUGGCUCAAUCCCGACACCAGCUCCACUUUCAGGGCCUGGAGAAAAGGUAUGCUUCCCCACGGGACAUGAUGUUCUGGGGUAGAAAUAGAGGGACGGCCACAACUGCUUAAAUAUCUCGGUUCGUCAGAACCGUGGAGUCAACCUGGCACUGCCCCUUGCUCAUUGACGGUGCUCCUCUGGAACUAUGGCUACCAAAAUGUCCUCUAUACCGGCGGAUAAUGUCGCUUUGACUCGCACUGCACAGGCUGUGGCUGUUCGGGAAGUAGAACAGCAGAGCUGGCUGGAGCGGAAGCUGAAGCCGACGAAGGUGAGAGCUUGGUAUCCCUUCAAGGGAACCCCAUUGCUCUAUGCGACAUGUGGUUUUGGCAGUCUGGGAGAUGCCUUGUUUGGGUACAACUCUGGAAUUAUGUCUGGUCUUCUCGUCAAUCCAGCCUUUGUGGCUCGCUUCUUCAAAGACUACGGGGGUGCUGACGGCUCAACAACCGGAGUCGAUCCUUCAAUCACCGGGAUAGCUGUUGCUUGUCUACAAGCAUCCGCAGCAGUGGGUGCACUCCUUGCAGGACGGCUGGGCGAUAUGAUGGGGCGCAAACGGUGCGUCCGUCUUGGCGGGUUUAUCUACUUCUUCAGUGCGUUCAUUCAGAUCUUCGCUCCCGGCUUUGGCACCUUCAUUGCGGGUCGCACCAUUCAAGGUCUUGGUGUUGGAUUUCUGUCUAUGACAGUACCCAUCAUCCAGACCGAGAUUGCCGCCCCUCAUCGGCGUGGUUUGAUGGUGGGAAUCGAAUAUACCUUUCAGAUAGCAGGUUAUAUGCUUUCAUGUUGGGUAGACUAUGGUUUCAAUUUCCUUCUGCCCAGUGAAAUGUCGUGGCAAGGUCCAUUCAUUAUUCAGAUUGCUCUCUCUUUCAUCUUGCUGGCCAUGUCGUUCUUCCUCCCCGAGACACCUCGUUGGCUGGCCAAGAACGGAUUCAUGCAAGAAAGCUUGCAGACGGUCGCUGAUCUGCACGCCAAUGGCGAUACUCAGGCGGAGCAUGUACAGCAGGUGUUUGUGGAAAUCGAGGAAGCAGUUAUCUUCGAAACUAACUUAGGAAAGUCGUCUUGGAUGGAAAUGUUCACCCGAUACCGCAAGCGGACCAUCGUUGGAAUCACCGUGCAGAUGUUCGCGCAACUCAACGGCAUCAAUAUCAUCUCCUUUUACCUUCCCAGCACACUUGCUACUGCAGGUUUCGAUGAGCGUAAAUCCCUUCUGUACACUGCAGCCAACGCACUCCCUUACACUGCAGCUACAAUCUCGACUUGGUGGUUAGCAGACCGCUGGGGACGGAAACCAUUGCUAAUACUUGGAGGUCUCGGAAUGGCAGUCCUUCUCGGCAUCGUCUGCGCCUUCACCGAAGCCGACCUAGACGUCCAGGUCCGCGCCAAGGGCCAAUACGCCUUCGUAAUGCUCUACAACAUCCUAUACGGCUUCACCUGGGGCCCGAUGCCGUGGCUACUACCAGCUGAAAUCUUCCCCUUGCGCGGCCGCAGUAAGGGUAUGGCUCUGGCUACUACCAGCAACUGGAUCUUCAACUUCAUCAUCGGCAUGGUCUCUCCGGAUGCGUUCGCCGGUAUCAACGGAUACUUUUACCUUGUCAUUGCUGGAUUCUGUCUUUUCUCUGCGGGAUUGGUAUACUUCUACUAUGUUGAGACGGCUAAUAGUACUCUGGAGGAGGUUGCGGAGUUAUUUGGUGAUACAGCGUUUGCGGAUGCUGAUGGGGAGGCGAGGGAGGCGUCUGAGGUGCGGAUAGAUUAUAGGAAGGAUGUUGUGUGAUUGUUCUGCUGUCCAUUAAAUAGCAUGGUAUGCCAGCUUGGGUUGAGUUGGCUAUGCUUACUGUCCGGCUGACCAGUAUAUCAACGUUCAUACUACUCUUACGAAGUAUGUUUAUGCUUACGUAUCGCUGCUGCGAUAAGUCCAUCAGACGAUGACGAUGACAAUGACGAAGAACACGAUACUUGACUUGUCAAUUGCUCUGCCUUCAAAUACUUUGUCUCUUACGCGUUCCUUAAAUUUCAAAUAGUCAUUAAGCUACGAUGCAAGCUUUUUAUAAUGAACAGGCAACUUUCAUAUAAAGGUAGAGCUAGCUAGGUGCCAAACGAGCGCGAUAACAACAAUGAUUGCCGAUGAACAAGGUACUCAAUCCCAACAAUUAACCCACAGUUGACCCCAGCCCACAUUGACACAAGACCAUCGGCAUUGUUGAAAGGCACAAUAUA